AUGGAUUUCCCCAAUUGCACUGAAGGGGUGUUUGCCACAAACGGGAGUGGUAAUGACUCACUGGAGACCACUAAACUCCCUCCCAGUAAGAUCCUGCUUACAAUGACCCUGUCUGUGCUGGCUAUCCUCACUACAUUCUUCAACUGCCUGGUGAUUACAGCUAUCGCAGUCACGCGCAAGUUGCACCACCCGGCCAACUACCUCAUCUGCUCAUUAGCAGCGACUGACCUGCUGGUGGCUGUGCUGGUCAUGCCCUUCAGUAUUAUGUACAUCCAGAAAGAGACCUGGCUCAUGGGUCAGGUGGUGUGUACCAUCUGGUUAAGUGUCGAUAUCACCUGUUGUACUUGCUCCAUCCUGCACCUUGCUGCAAUCGCCAUCGACCGGUACAGAGCCAUUACUGAUGCGGUGGAGUACUCUCGCAAACGCACGGGGGCCAGGGCUGGGGCGAUGGUGGCGGUGGUAUGGUUCUUGUCCAUCCUCAUCUCACUUCCUCCUCUAAUCUGGCGCCACUUUAGUGGGGAUUCAGAGCAGGAAGACCAGUGCAUCAUGAUGCAUCAUCACAUGGCCUUCACCCUGUACUCCACCCUCGGAGCGUUCUACAUCCCCCUGAUGCUCAUCCUCAUCCUCUACUACAAAAUCUACCGGGCUGCUCAGACCCUGUAUAUGCGCAGGGAAGCCAGCCGGGCCAGCCGUCACUCAUGUAUGACCAAUGGGAGCAUGAUCCCGUCAUCCUACCCUGCUGGAGAAGGUGCCGACGAUGGUGGACCUCAAAGUCCCCCGCCCAUAAGUCCACAAGAAAAGUCUUUCUCUGAACCCUCAACUGAGGAACCUCCACGUGAACGGGUGCGUGUAUCGGCAAAGGCAUUCAAGUGCAAGCCGCGCCGGAAUGAGUCACGCAGUGAGUCCCGUAGUGAGUCCCGUAGUGAGUCACGCAAGAGUCAGUUUUACCAAGGACCACGGAUCUCGGGCUCACGGGAGCGCAAAGCGGCAUCAAUGUUGGGGUUAAUAAUAGGGGCCUUUGUCAUCUGUUGGUUGCCAUUUUUUGUCAAGGAAGUGAUUGUCAACACCUGCAGUUCUUGCAGUACCUCGAUGGAGAUGGCUGACUUUCUGACAUGGUUGGGGUACCUCAACUCGCUAAUCAACCCCCUCAUCUACACCAUCUUUAAUGAAGACUUCAAAAAAGCUUUCCAAAGACUCGUUAGGUGCAGUCAUUACCUCUGA